AUGUCCAAGUCAAGAGCACCUCUUGCUAUCGGCCUCGCGGCCGCGGGCGGCAUUGGCUACUACAUGUACUCGGCCGGCGGUUCGCCUCGGGCUGCCGAGAAGAAGUUUGAAGGCGAUGCGCACCACGUCGCGGCCAAGGUCAAGGGUGAGAUGCCGCAUCGCUCGACAGACGUCGAAGGCGAGGGCCGGCGCGUUGGGCAGGAAGUCGGCGCCAAGGUGGACAGCGCCGUCGCUGCGGUGAAUAGGGAUCUCUCAAAGGCAAAGAGCGAGACGGAAGCUUACGCAAAGGACACCAAGGCCGAGGCGCUCAAGAAGAUUGAUCAAUUCGACCGCACGGUUGAGGAGAAAGCCGCCAAGAGCAAGAGCUAUCUGUCGUCGUGGUUUGGCGGCAAAUAA